CAAAAUUCGAUACGGCUGUUCCACUUCCAUCUAUCGCUGUCGCAUAUCUGAGUGCCUUGUUCUACAUACCCAACAUGGUCAAAUCACUCCUCCUAGCCAUUUGCGCAACGACUGGUACCCACGCCCUCUGGCUAGCUGCCGUAAACAUGGAUUACGGCUCAGCUGUCGGCACUGCGAUAUUCAGUUCCCCGUACUGCCAAGUCGGUAAGGGCAAUACUGAAGCAGAAGCCCUCUCCAAAGCCAGCAACACCGUAGGUGGCACUGCAAUCAUUGCUGGUGGUCAUUGCGAUCAGCUUCCGUAUCAACAUACCAACCAGCUUGGCGGAUUCUGGGACGAUUACGGCACAAUCAACUAUGAGGAUGACAACUGGCAUUGGUAUUGCAAUCCCGGUCACACGAACAGGAACUCAUGCGACGCCGGGAAUGGAGCGCCGAAGAAGAAGAGAGCAGUGAAGCUUGUUGCUUAGCUUCCAGGUGGCGCUAAACAUUGUAUUGAGGAUUGGUUGAAGGGCUUGAAAAAGACGGAACAGGCUAGGGACUAUGUAUACUUGUACCAUGGGG